AUGAUACAUAAUGCAAAUCUAAAAUAUCCAGAAUACUCAUUUAUAGCAUCUUGUAAGGAAUUUAAAGAGCGUAUAAAUUUCUGUGAACAAGAAAUUUUACCACGCUUAAAAAGUAGGAGAAAUGUUAGGAAUGAAUUUAUAAGUUUAGAUAAAGAGAAAUCAACUUUAGAUAUUGAAACUAGAAGGUGCAUUUUGAACAUCUAUUCCGAACUAAAAAGGAGGGGUCUAUUAAGUGGUCUUACUAUAACAGAGAUAAUAAAAAAGAUUAUUGAAUUAGCAAAUAUAAAACGAACAGAAAAAUUGGCCGAAUUUAGAAAUAUUGAAAAUAAACUAAUCGAUUUGCAAGCAAUUAAUUUCUCUAAUUUUGUAAUAUUAGGGAAUAAUUUAGAUAAAAUUGUUGAUGAUCUUAAUAAAUCAAUGAUUAAAGUUAAUAAUUUAAACUUUUCUGCUGAUUCAAUAUUUGAUAAUAUUAAUCCUAGUAUAAUGAAAGAGGCUCAAAUAAUAAUAAAUCUAAAGUUUUUUUUGGAAUCUAUUCAUAGAAUAUUUAAGAUAUUAGAAGAGAUAUCAGAUAACCUUAAUUCAAAUACAAAAUUAAGAAGUUCAUUUAUACAGAAAAUAAUUUUAAAGCUAGAGUAUUGUGUAAAGGAAUAUUUAAAUAUCUCAAAUAGUAUAUCAGAUUUAAACUUUUAUAAAAUAAUUUCGGUGAAAAUUAAAGAGUUUUUAGAUAAUAUACAAACUUCAUUAAUUAAUGAAUUCAGUAAUAUUUUAAAAAUAUUUUGUAAUUGGGGUAAAUAUGAUAAUAUUGUUGAAGAUAUAAUAAAUAAGAAAUCUAUAAAUAUGUCUAAUAUGGAUCCUGAAGUUGAAAAAAAUAUUGAUAAUGGAAAAAAUAUAUCAUUGGCAUUUGCAUUAUGUAUUAUACUAAUUUUAUUAAGUGAUUGUGAAAAGAUAUUAAGAUAUUUAGAGAUGAAACAAUACAAAUAUAAUAUAGAUGAUAAAAUUACAACAUUAUCUGAAUGCUUAUAUAUGAAGAUUAUUCCAUAUUUAGUUUUAGAUAUAACCUCUAAUAUAAAACCUUUAUUUUUUUCAAAAAAUUGUCCUUUAUCAAAUAUUGAGAAACCUGAAUGGUUUUUACAAACUCUUUUAUCAGUAUUUAAUUGCCAUUCAAUUUUCUUAAAAAGACUUUGGUCAAAUUGGGAAUAUAUAAGUUGUAACUUAGAUUCUAUACUGAAUAAAUCAGAAAAUGUUUUAUUAAAUUUAAAUAUUAAUCGUUUAAAUAUAUUUUUUAAUGAAAUACUUUCUAUGGAUCCAAUUAAAUAUUUCAGCAUUUCUUUUAUUGGAGAACUUAGGAAAUUUAUAAUAUUAUAUUUGAAUAAAUUACUAUUUAAUGGAAAAGAUAUUGUCAGGAAUCCUAAAAUAGAUUCAAUAUUUGAAAAGUUUGUAGAACAAUGGUUAAUACAAUAUAGAACUUGGUAUGAUAUACACAAAUCUACUGCUUAUUUAGUAGUUUAUGAUUUAAUAACUAAUAGUAGAAUUGAAUAUAUUACAAAAGAAUCUAUGAACUUGAAUUUAAUAGGUGAUAUGAAAUUUAGUGAAUCUAUAGAUAUUACACAAAGUGCUAUUUCAUGGGCUAAAAGUGCAUUUUCAAUUAUUAUGGGUGAUGCAGAAUUAGUAGAUUUAGAAUCAUUUAUUAGUAAUUCAACAUUUCCUCCAAAUUAUGGACUUUUAACUUGGUUGUAUACAAUUAAUCGCAUAUAUAUUCAUACUGAAUUAAAAUUUUAUAUGGAUAAAUCUUUAACAAAUAGUUUUACUAAUACAUUUAGCACUAAGAGAACAAUAGAAGAUUUGUAUAUAUCUAUAUGUAGUCAUUCUAAAACUGUAAAUCGUGAGAAAAUUAUUGAAUGGUUUUCAGAAAUUUUAUCAUCUUUUGAAUAUAAUUCUACAAGUCAAUUUUCUGGAUCUCAACCUUUCUUAAUUCCAAUAAAAUCUUUUUCAAAAGAUAAUAAAGAAGAUUUUAUUUCAGUAUUAGGGUUUUCUAUAGAAGUUGUAGAACUUUUAAAUGCUCUUGCUAUGAAAUCCCGUAAUUUGAUUGAUGCUGCUAAGCAAGGAAAUUUAAAUAUUAAAGAUGAGAUAAUAUCAAUACUUUGUGAUAAAAUAGGGAUUUCAAUAAAUGAAUCUUAUUUUAAUAUUGUUAAUAAUAAAUAUAUAUCACCUCUAAUAGAAUUAAGUAUUAUUGGAAAAUUUACUGAUUAUAUUCAAAGUGAAUGGAAUUAUAUAGGACGAAAAAUUAGUGUAUUUACUCCUCUUGUAUGUAUAUUAAUUGAAUCUGUUGAAAUUGUCAAAAUAGCACUGCAAAAUCUUGAAGAUGAAUGGACAGAAACUUAUAAGGAUUCAAUUCUAGAUCAUCCAGAUAAUUGUAAAAAAUUAGAAUUUGGUGAAUCUAAAAAAUAUGAAUGUAAAUCAUGUUCUGAGCUCUUGAUAGAAUCGGAUUAUAAUGAAAAGUGUUCAAAUCCCACUUGUAAUCAAUAUAAUUCUCAAUUAAAAGAAAACCAUAAUUUAUCCAUUUCUAUUUAUCAAUCUUCAUUAAAAAAAAUUCAAGAUUUAAAGUCUUAUCUCUUAAAAGACUUACAAUAUGAAUUAAAUGAUGUUUUAAUUCACCCAUUAAAAGAUAAUGAAAUUAAAAUUCCAACAUUAGAAGAGUUAUUGAACUCUGAUUCUCUUUCUAUUACUGCCGGAGUGAUCUUUGAUGAUAAUUUGGCAAAAAUCAUAUCAAAUUUAAAAUAUGCAUUUAUUUUCUUUAAGAAAUUUUUAUCUAGUCAAAACUUAGAAUAUCUGGGCAAUUUUCUUAUUGACUUAAAUAUUGGUUCUAUUGAUAAUCAAUAA